AUGAGUUCGUCUGACAUCGGCCAGUCUCCUACAGACGCUGUGUCGUCUGUGAACGCUCUCGUCGGAGCCCUCCUCGCGACUUCACUCCUAACUAUAAUCUUUGCGUUCUCAUUCCCAAGUCGCAGCCUGUCGAAAUUCCCGCUGGUUGGCAAGGAGGCUGGCGGCUAUGAGAAACGACGGAAUAUGUACUUUGCGAUGGCCACCAAGCUUUACGAAGAAGGCUAUCAGAAGUUCAAAUCAUCGGUUUGGCGUAUCACUGGUGCUGAUGGCGACAUCGUCAUGAUCCCGCUUGAACACUGCGACGAUCUCCGAAAAAUGCCAGACGACACCGUCAACAACGUCCCUCUUCUAGAAGCCCUUUGUGAGACAAAGUGGACGGAUUACCAUCCCAUCAAUCCACUUUUGCUCAAUGUCAUCAAAUCGAACCUUACCCCGAACUUAGCCAAAGUUGCUACGACGCUAUCUGGUCAUAUCCAGCGCACCGUUCUGAACUCUCUGGGUCCUUGUCCCGAAUGGACGGAGGUAGUGCUCUACGAAAAGCUAUUGGAGAUGGUUGCCAUUAUCUCCGGCCGCAUCUUCAUCGGCCCAGAGCUCUGCCACAAGGAAGAGUACCUCAAGGCCAGCACCAUGUUCGUCAUCGAUCUCUUUACGGCGGCAGCCAAGAUCAAGCGGUGGCCGAAGUUCUUACGCUUCAUCGGCAAGCACUACAUUCCCGAAGUCAAGAAAUUGGCCGAACACAGACGCCUCGCCGCCGAAGUCUUGAUCCCAGUUAUCGAAGAACGCAAAAGAAUCGCCAAUGAAGGUACCGAGGCACCAGAGGACAUGCUGCAAUGGUUCAUCGCCAAAUCUGCCAAGUUUGGUAUGGAAGGAAACAUGCAGCUUGCUGAGACGCAGCUUAGCCUAAGCGUCGUGGCUAUUCACACCACGACAAUGGCAGCUACGCAUACCUUGUAUGAUAUCGCAGCACGCUGUCCCGACAUCAUCCCCGCCCUUCGGAACGAGAUCCAGUCUGUGCUCGCAGCGAACGACAACGAAUGGACCACCGCCGCGCUCUUCCAGAUGAAGCUCCUCGACUCCGUCAUGCGCGAGUCCCAGCGAUUCAACCCGGCCAGCCUGAUCAGCUUCCAGCGAACCAUCACGAAACCAGUGACGCUCAAAGACGGCACUGCUCUCCCCACCGGUACCAACAUCGCGGUGCCCAUGGUCGGCCCGCUGCAAGACGAUCUUCAUUACGCCAACCCGAGCUUGUUCGAUCCGUAUCGCUUCUUGCUCAUCCGUGACGAGGUUCGUGACGAUCCGUUGCAGUAUACCAACAAGGAACAGUAUCAAUUCGUGUCAUCGACUAAGGAGAAUAUGGCCUUUGGCUUUGGCCGUCACGCGUGUCCGGGCCGGUUCUUUGCUGCCACCGAGAUCAAGAUGCUCCUCGCAAGAUUUCUACUCGAAUACGAUAUUCAGAUGCCAGACGGGAGACGGGAUCGCUAUGAAAACAUACUCACUUCGGCUACCAUGGAUGACGAAGCAAGGCCUGAAGAUACCGCCACGAUCAAAUUCACUGCACAGAUAUGCGCAAGCUAUUUGGGAAGGCUUCUGCAGAAAGAAGAAGCCCUGGAAAAUGAGGACCUCGUGGAUCAUUGGGCGUCCCAUCAAUUUGCGGAAUUCAAUCUGUGGUGUGCUAGACUUGGUGUCAACGGCCAUGGGCUUCGAUCGAUCGAUUUACGGCUCAAAGAUGUUCCCGAGAUUUGCGAUAUCAUCAUGCAGCUGCUGCAAUCUUUGCAGCAAGAUCUUGAAAGUCUGCAGUAUGCGGUCGACGCACCGAAGGAGUUUUCCGAGGUUUCCGACGUACCGGAGAAAGACCAUGAUUCGAGCUCCGAAGAUUCAAAUCUUUCGUUUGAUUCCAUGUCCUCUUUGAAGUCUGAUGUGCGAUGCUCCCAUGCCUACAUAGGUACUCAAGACGUUAAGGUCUACCAAUACGCCUACUCUGCCACUUGCAACAUCUACCUCAUUGAUACUCCCGGUUUCGACGACACCUACAGAACCGACAAGAGCGUCCUACGGUCCCUGGUCUCAUGGCUCUCUUUGACAUACAAGCACAACAUCCGUCUUCACGGGAUUCUUUAUCUGCAUCGUAUCACUGAUGUGCGAAUGCAAGGCUCCGCAAAAGGCAGUGUGACCCUGUUCCGUCAGCUAUGCGGGGCCGAUAACCUCAAACACGUCGUUCUCGUUACCACCAUGUGGAACAAACUUGAAAAGGAGGAUUUCGGGGUGUCGAGGGAAGCACAACUAGUCGAGAACGAGGAGUUCUGGGGCUGCAUGGUGAAGAGAGGGAGCCGCGUCGAGCGACACUACGACACGGCCGAAUCCGCCCGAAAGCUUAUCGACAUGUUCCUUCCGCAAGAACGCGAACAGUCGGAUGGACCCGUACAUAGAAUGGAACUGGCGAUCCAGCGCGAGAUGGUGGAUCAGCACAAGGUCCUCGAGAGCACCUCGGCCGGACAAGAAGUCUGCAACAAUUUGAACCAAGAGGAGGAAGAGAUCAAGACCUGCAUCGCCGAGUACAACGCAGACAUGAUUCGAAUACGAGAGGAGAGAGGUCUUAACAUGCUUCAAGAGCUUGAAGACCUUGAAAAACAGAUCAGUAUUGCAAGAGGCAGGAGUGAAAGAAUCUGUAAACACAGGCAAGCCGAGAUGAAAAAGUCGAUGGAAACGCUGAUACGGGAUAAUUUCGACAAAAACGACCAGGAGCCAGAGGAAGACAAGAAGAGGAGGCUCGCAAAGGAGUACGUCGUAGGGGAGUUCGCCAUAACCACAGACACAGGCGGUACCCAAGACAACAGUAGGCCAAAUUCCUACGUCGUUCCUCGGGUGACUUCUCCAGGUUUUGCGCAAGCCAUGGGACAGUGGUGGUCCAAUAGGGACCGGAAAAAGAUUAAUGUCAGCAUGAGCAUCCGGGGCAAGUUUUGCUCCCUCAUCGGCCCCGCGUACCGCAAAUCGUGA